UAUGUAUACGGUGUAUAUUUUUGGUGGUAUGUUAAAAUAGUGUCGAAGAUUGACUUCAAAUUAUAUAUUUUCAUUUAAUACUGUACGCUUCUGAACAAGAAGAUGAUUUGCUCUUUUUUUCUCACGAAAUAAACUGAAUUUCCAAACGUUAUAAGAAGUGUCCAUAUAUAUAAAACACGUGUGGAUUAUGUUGUUGCUAACCGAUAAUCUGGAUGCAAUAUUUUCACUUGGUUACCACAAGAUUCAGUAAGCUUGCAUUAUAUUGGUUGCAUUGAAUAUUAUUGCAUCAAUGGCAGCAAAGACCUGGUAUGGAGCUUCGUUGACACAUGAAGGAAAUGUACUUGAAACAAGACCAAUAACUCCACCAUGCAGAAGUGUGAUUAGAGGGCCUGUCUCAAAUGGACUCCUAGUUUUACCGCCAGAUAAUGCAGACAUCCAAUUUAACUCAGAUGUGACAGUCGCAGCUCAGUCAAAAAAAAGAACUGGCAGUGCUGAUAGAGUUCAAACAAAACUUCAUUCUGUUGCCAGAAGCAGUAGUGCCGGUGAAAGACUUUGUCGCCAUGAUGAAAGGAACCGUCAUCCUUCUGGCAUUCCAAACAAAAGCAAAACGGAUGAAUCUAUACAAAAAGAGCUCAAGAUGCAUCACCCUUCGCUAAGAAACUCAGAUGAAAAUGUUUCACAGCAAAUGUUAAAUGGAACUACUGAAUCUGUGGAUAAUAUCAAGAUUUCUCUGGAUGAAUUGAAUAUUAACGAGAAGCUCACCUUUGAGUCAAAAGCAAAGUUCCUCAGUUGCGUGAUGUCAAAAAACUAUGAAAAAGCUCUACAUCGUUGUAAUGAAAUGCUUGCAAUUGAUCCUGAAAAUAAGACAUUGAUUGAUUAUCAAAGUUUAAUUACAGAAAAAUUAAAGCAAGGUAUGCAAGAGCAAUCCUCGAGUGAUGAAAGUGAAGAUGAUGGGAGUGAAUCAAGUGAUUCUGAAGCUGAUGAUGACGAGGAUAGUGGCGAAUCUAGUGAUGAUAGUGAGGAUGACGAAGAUGGAGAAGACGAUGACGAAGAUGGAGAUGAGGAGGAAAACGAGGAUGAAUCAAGUGAAGAAAGUGAAAGUAGUUCCGACUCAGAUAUUGAAAUACCUGUUGGUCCAAUAAAUCUCUUGAUGGGCGGGCUACCUUUACGACUGUCUUCAGCAUAAAUUGACUACUGACUACUGUACAUACAUUUUUUAUUCAAAAAUUUGUAUAUAAAUUAUUAUCGUGCUUGUAGUAUUGAGAUUACAUAUAAUAUAUAAUUUUACCUGAAUACUUUUUCUUUGUGAAGAUAGGACCUCAGCCAUGCAAGCAAUAAGGCCAAGCGCAAGCAAGAAAAUUUCACGACUUCAGUACGUUUCUCAUGUAGCUUUGCAACCAGUUGCAAUAAUGGUCAAAUCUACGACGUAUAUGCUGUCUUCAUUAAUUGUUUCACAACUGGAAUAAACUGUGGGAUAAAAUUAUGGACUCCUUUUGGUAAACCAGGUCAGAGCUGUAUGUAAAACUAAUUAAAACUGGGUUGCUAACACUAUCGAG